AUGGUGAGGACGAUGGUAGGCAAGGGAGGAAGCAAUGGCAGCGGCGGCGGCGGUGGGCGGGAGUCCAAGAAGCCGGCGCUCCUCCUGGGGCGGUACGAGGUGGGGAAGCUGCUGGGGCAGGGCAACUUCGCCAAGGUGUACCACGCGCGCAACGUGCGCACGGGCGAGGAGGUGGCCAUCAAGGUGAUGGAGAAGGAGAAGAUCUUCAAGUCCGGUCUGAUGGAGCACAUCAAGCGCGAGAUCGCCGUGCUCCGGCGGGUGCGCCACCCGCACAUCGUGCAGCUCUACGAGGUGAUGGCCACCAAGCUGCGCAUCUACUUCGUGAUGGAGUACGUGCGCGGCGGCGAGCUGUUCGCGCGCGUCGCGCGGGGCCGGCUCCGGGAGGCCGACGCCCGGUGCUACUUCCAGCAGCUGGUGUCCUCCGUCGCCUUCUGCCACGCGCGCGGGGUGUACCACCGGGACAUCAAGCCCGAGAACCUCCUCCUCGACGACGACGGCGACCUCAAGGUCUCCGACUUCGGCCUCUCCGCGGUGGCCGACCAGAUGCGCCACGACGGGCUGUUCCACACCUUCUGCGGCACCCCGGCCUACGUCGCGCCGGAGGUGCUCUCCCGCCGCGGCUACGACGCCGCCAAGGCCGACCUCUGGUCCUGCGGCGUCGUGCUCUUCGUGCUCGCCGCCGGAUACCUCCCGUUCCAGGACCGCAACCUCGUGGCCAUGUACCGCAAGAUCCACAGGGGCGAGUUCCGCUGCCCCAAGUGGUUCUCGCCGGAGCUCACCCGCCUCCUGCGCCGCGUCCUCGACACCAACCCGCAGCGCCGCGCCACCGCCGACGAGAUCAUGGACGACGAGUGGUUCAAGGUCGGCUUCCGCCGCUUCUCCUUCCGUAUCGAGGACGACCGCUCCUUCACCUGCUUCGACCUGGACGACGACGGCGUCGACGCGUCCACCUCGCCGCCCGAGCCCGACACGCCACGGGAGGACGCCGCUCCCAGGAAGCCGAGAAAGGGUAGUGCCGCCGGGCUGACGUCGUGCGCGUCGGCGCCGUCGCUGCUGCAGCUGGAAUCGCGAAGCGGGCUCGGCGGGAGCAGCCGGCGGCGGUCGAGCCUGAACGCGUUCGACAUCAUCUCGUUCUCGAGGGGGUUCGACCUCUCGGGCCUGUUCGAGGACGGCGAAGGGGGCGGUGUCCCGGAGCAGCCGCCGCACCCGGCGGCGGCGCGGUUCGUGUCGGCGGCUCCCGUGGAGCAGAUCCUGGCCACGCUGGAGGGGGCCGCGUCGGCGGCCGGCAUGGUGGUGCGCGAGAGGGACGACGGAUCGAUCAGCAUGGAGGGGACGCGGGAGGGCGAGCACGGCGCGCUGGCCGUGGCCGCCGAGAUCUACGAGCUCACGCCGGAGCUGCUGGUGGUGGAGGUUCGCCGCAAGUCCGGCGGCGCCGCCGAGUACGAGGAGUUCUUCCGCGCGCAGCUGAAGCCCAGCCUGGGCGACCUCGUCUGCGACGAGCCGACACGGCUUCAGUCCGGCGAGCGCUCUCGGAGCCUAUGA